CAAUUCCCAAGGAGCACAGAGCGGAUGGAGGAGCAGCACCUCCAGGCUGCAGGGGUCUUCUUCUUCUUCACCACUUUAAUCUACGGAUAAGAAGUGCUUUUUUCUUCUUCUCAGUCAUCUCCUGCUGCAGCAUGAGCGCUGAGUGCAGCAGUUACUACAGCACUGACGGUGUGUUUGUGGACGGGUUCUCGUGCCCCAGACCGGGCAAUGCUGUUGCCGCUCUCUUCUGCUGCGGAUUUAAUGAUGUCAAGUAUUGCUGUGACGAUCCCAACAGUUUUUUCCCCUAUGAGUACGGAUACAUGUGGUGGCUGAGUAUCGGCGCUCUGGUUGGUCUGUCCAUUGCAGCAGUAGUCCUUCUUGCCUUCCUCAUCACCGUAUGUGUCCUCUGCUACCUCUUUAUUGCCACCAAACCCAGCCGUCUUGACAACGGCCUACCCCUCAGAGCACCAGCAGUAGAUCCCAGUGAGGUUUCCACGCCCGUGAGAGCGACCUGUGUCUCCGGUCCGCAGGGAUUCAGAAAACACUUCAUGAGCAGGAAGUUGGACUGUGAUAACCAGCCGCCAGACCCCGAGAUCCUGUUCCAGAGGUGUUUCACAGCCACCGCCAUCGGCACGAAAGGGGAAGAGCCUUCAUAGACCUCUUGUUAAAAAUGUGGCCAUCAGACCUGAGAUCAAGACAUUCAGUGAAUCUGGAGGCGGACUGUGUUGACAGGGGAGGGCUGGGACACUGGGAGGAAUCGUAGCUGAAACAAUAUGGUAUGCAUGGGAGUCAUUGGGGUUGAGUAUUAAAUCUGAGUGCUUGAAAUCAAACUAAAAUGUGCACAACGAAGCCAUGCUUGAAUUUUUUCCCACACUAAAUUCUCUCCUCCUCAUGGCUGCAUAAUUUCGACACUCAGCACUGUGCAGCAGUAAUCAAGAGGAUGGUACUUAAUUAUCUACCAUCUUGGAAGACAAUAGACAUGUUAGUGCAACUGCGGGCGUAGUGUUUUGUUCCAGUUUACACUCAGGAUUUACAGUUUCAUGUGUAUCUAUAACGAUGCCGAAGAUGAGACUGAAAACAGGAAAAAGAGCCUGACACACCAAGACAACGACAGUCUUGACAUCCAGGCCGCAGAGUCAGGGUGCACCCUUGUAAAGUACUGUGCUGUAGACCGGCCGUCACAUCUGCUACAUUUUACUCAGGGACUAAAGAGAUCCACAGUGCGGUGAGACCAAGAACAUAACAAUGCUGGUUAUUUAUUCAAAACCUUAAAAUGAAACAUUUUUACAUUUUUCGGAUAGGAGAUUGGGGUCAACAUGUGUCUCCUAUGUCAGAGCUGUAGUUUCUUUCAACCAUGGUCAAUUUCAUUUGGAGACACACAAAAGAUCUUUCUAUUUUUGGCAUUUUCUUUUUAAAUUGACAGCUGCCGUUGAAGAGGCAGACAGGAAACUAGCAGAGAGACGAACGUCCCCUGCUGGAAUCCAUGUUGUGCCUUAAUCUUUCAUUUAUCAGGACACCAUGAAUCAAAGCGAAUAGGUUUACACUGAGAUUCUCUUUAAUGGUGCUCUCAGGAUGAUCUGAGUCGCAACAAGGAGUUUAGUCGAGAUAAUGAUAAACACAUAGAUGAAAAAUAAACAUUAGUUUAAUCAACAAUACCAACAUUACAGCACAUAAUCAGGAGGCUGGGGCGGUGAGCUGUGGACGCAGCUGGCACGAGCGUAAUCAAGUAUCAGCGUAAUCAACAGUCACAUUAUAAUGGACCAAUGAGAAAAUCAAAUAUCACAGUAUUUUUGACUAAAUACCUCAAUAUUGAAAGUUGACUAUUUGGUGCUUUCACAAAGAAUUAACACAAAGAGAUUUUUAAUAUAUAAUCAUAAUCAAGUAAUGUGGAUAUAAUGACUAAUUGGGUAAAGGCAAAUAAUAGAAGAGCUAGUCUGAUAAGGUCCGGAAAUGACAUAAUUCUACUGUAAUGCAGCCUUGAAAACCAGGAAAAUACAUCACUUAUUCUAUAUAACAAUAUCCAAAAUCUUAGACGACAUCUUGUUUCACAUCACGAUAUCGAUACAUCGAUAUAUGGUCCAGCUUUAGCCGAUAGCAACAGGUGUGACGUGUGAAUUAGCCAGUGAUCGUUAAGCAACAAUCAAUCACCUCAUACCAAUUAGCGAAUACGGUCGUUGCAGGGUUGUCUGGCAAAAACAAUUAAACCUGGCUCAGCUUUUCCCAUGGUGAUGAAAGAUAUAUGUAUUUGACACUUUGAUCUGAGGUUAUUCUGUGUUCAUUUGCAUAUGAAGAUGAAAGUUAUUUUCAGGACAAAGACAAAGCUUUCUGACCAAUGUGUCACCGAACAUUUUUCAGUCUCUUUUAUUCAAUGAUUCCAAACUAACCAACUUAAACGAUACUUUCAUAAUUUUUCAAGCUUGUCUUCAUGUUUAGUUUUGGUUUACUGCAGAUUUGGAAGUAUGAAACUGCCCUUAAUUACAUUCAUGAGGAAAUAACGGUAGACUAACUUCUCUAUCCAAACACAUCUCGUGGUAAAUGGCAGUAUUAUACUGAACAACUUGCAGUGUCAUCAAAUGUUACACCAUCAUCUUAGCUUUUGUCUAAGGAGCUCUUGUUGCUUUACAGUGUUACUUGGCAUACAUACAGAUCACAAAGCUGCAUUUCUGUGGAUCCACUAUUCUAUGUAUCUACUGGAUAGUCAAUUCCUUCUCAAAACUUUCAAGUGCCCUUGUUUUUGUAACUGGUAGCUUAAGCGUUUAUCAAUCCAUGCAAAGAGUCAUGUCUUGUAUCGGUGAAUACAUUUUGCUUGUGUAAUUGUUGUGGAAAAACGUUAACUGUCGUCAGUUUUGAAUGUCAAACACGUUUUCUUUGUCCAACAGUCAAAAUAUCGACUGCUGGCAUGUUAGUCAAAAGUGCGGAGGAAUUAAGUUUCUGUAAAUGUCGGCACAAAGCUGUGCUCAGUAAUCGACUGGAGCUUGCACACAUAUACAGUUCAAUGAAUGUAGGAGAAAAAAAACCCUCCUGGUUUCAGAUUAUUUUCAU